AUGUCGUGGUCAGAGACAGUGAGGUUUGUGUGGGGCUACACACAUCUGUCGGCUGUGGAGCUGCAGCAGGGUGAAGUACUGGCACGCGCCCACCGGCAGGGAGCUGCAGCUCUAGCAACCCCAGCGAAAACGCCGGUUGCGUCAUCAGGGUCCCCUCACUGGAAGUCGUGGGCGAUGACGGAGGUUCUCUAUCGUCAGCACGACCUGUUCAGUAAGCUCUUCGGUAUCUCCUCUAUUGGUCCUGUGGCGAUGAUAGUGCUCUUGGCUGGAAUGACGAGUGCGCCGUGCCGCGAGCGUCGCAUACCCGCCAUGAACUUAAUUCUUUACCUUGUCCUGAGCGUUUGCCUGAACGUGGCGCUCAAGGAGGUCAUCCGCAGCCCACGCCCCGCUCACCCAGCAGCGGGAAUGAACUACACCACGAUGAACGGAAUGCCGAGCGACCACGCGCAGUUCAUGGCGGGCUUCUCCGUGUACCUUCUGCGCCGCUGGGCACACACGCAACGCCGUCGCACGGAAGGGCGCAAGGCUGGCCAUCUCCAGCAGCGGAAGUCCAUAUCCGCAUCGGCAGCGCUGACAAGGUCCUCGCCAUCGUAUGCUCUGGUGGGAUUGCUACUGUUCGCGACACUUUUCAUUGGCGCCGGCCGUAUCUACAAUGGCUACCACACUGUUGGACAAGCGCUUGUCGGGUGGAUGGUGGGGAUUGCACUGGCGUUGGUGUGUACCACCGUGCGCGUGCAGCGCAGUUUCACGUGGGUCUCGGAGAAGGUCCUGGUGCCGGUCAUGCUUGUUUGCACCUUCUGGACGGAGGCGAUCUGUUGA